AUGUCCGUACCAAACACAGGAUUGAGUAAAUUGAAAAAGAAACAUAUUCGCGUGAAACAUCAGAAAGUGAAAUUAUUCCGUGCUAAUGAACCUUUACUGUCCGUUUUUAUGUGGGGUGUUAAUCAUACGAUAAAUGAACUCAGCCAUGUCUCAAUACCUGUGAUGUUGCUUCCUGAUGAUUUCAGGGCAUAUUCCAAACUGAAAGUGGAUAAUCAUUUGUUUAAUAAGGAGAAUAUGCCAUCGCAUUUCAAAGUCAAGGAGUAUUGCCCGCUCGUCUUUAGAAAUCUUCGGGAGAGAUUCGGAAUAGACGAUCUGGACUACAAAGAAUCAUUGACCAGGUCACAACCAAUCCCGGAUGACUCUUCCGGCAAGUCAGGUGCGAAGUUCUACCAGAGCUAUGAUAGGCUCUUCAUCCUAAAGACCCUCACUUCAGAAGAGGUGGAGAGGAUGCACUCGUUUCUCAAACAUUAUCACCCGUACAUUGUGGAGCGCCACGGUAAAACCCUUUUGCCCCAAUAUUUGGGGAUGUACCGGCUAACGGUGGACGGCAUUGAGCACUAUCUAGUCGCAACAAGAAAUGUCUUCUCGAAUCAUCUUAAUAUACACAAGAAGUACGACCUAAAAGGCUCGACGGUAGACCGUGAAGCUUCCGAGAAGGAAUUAGAAAAAGAGUUGCCAACCCUGAAAGACAACGACUUCAUCAAGCAAGGAGUGAGGAUCGACAUUGGAGAUGCUGCUAAGGAGAAACUGUUGGAGACACUUACAGCUGAUGUUGAAUUUCUCACAAAAUUGCACCUGAUGGAUUAUUCGCUGCUGCUCGGUGUACACGAGUGCGGACGAGGUGAGGCCGAGGCUGAGGCAGCGAGGCAAAGGGAGGCAGAGAACGACACAGAAAACGAUACAGACACAGAUAGCGAUACGGAUAAUCGUCACGCUGACAGAUGGGGUUUUAACACGCCACCGGACAGUCCACGUGGCUUCGGCCGACAGUCAUCCCUUCGGUAUGAGGGUAUCAUUCCUGAGUUGGACAUCUACGCCAUACCAAGUCAAGAAGGCGCGCCCAAGAAAGAGAUUUACUUCGUAGCGCUCAUUGAUGUUCUCACACACUAUGGAGUCAAAAAGCAGGCGGCAAAAGCAGCAAAAACCGUGAAGUAUGGCAGCAAUGUGGACGGGAUAUCGACAUGCGACCCCGAGCAGUACGGUAAAAGGUUUAUCGAGUUUGUCGCGAAGGCCAUUGAGGGGAACUAA